AUGUUGACUGAGAAGGAGGAUGGUGUUGCAAUGAUGAUGAGAAGAACAGGAGAAGGACUGAACACAGAUAAACUGACUGACAGAAGAGAUGACAUCUCACUGCAAGGCACAGCAACUACCACCACAGCUGUAAGAGAAGCAGGAGAAGAUGUGGCAAUGAAAGUGAUACUCCCGCGGCUCAUUGACAUCACUGCCUCUGCCUUCAACCUGACUUUCUUGGCAGUUACAGAGACCACAGCCGCAUCAUGA